CGGGCUUCAGUAGGCGGUGUGAGCUCGGCGGGCUGCAUUGCUGUCGGUUUAAAAACGAAAUAAUUGCGAUGUUUUCGGUGCAUGACAGCGUUCAGUGCGCGUCCUCCGUGUAAACCUACGGCACGGUGCUUUUGCGCGUUCACGAGGGCUCGCUUUAGAAAACAAAGCUGAGCGUCUUCCAUAUCAGCCAGAGGCGCAGACGUGAGGAAUUUCCGAAUUUACUCUGGAUAACUCGGACAAAAUAUGGAUUUACAGUGGGUGUAGCAUCGUUGCGGACCGAGCCUUCUCGGCUGGGGUGACGGCGGAACAUCUGUGAAAGCAACGACAAAAUAACAUCUCUGUUUUUUUUUUUCUCGGGGUGCUUUGUCUUGUCCACCUAACGAUAGCAAACCAUCAUUCUCUCAUUUUCAAUCGGCAAGAAAUUCAGCUAGUGAUAACUAGCUGCUCGCGGAAUGUAUCAUCAUGUUGCCACCUAAAAGGGACUGCUAGGACGGAAGACUGCGAAGGAAAAGCAGAAAUCCUUUCCCAGGUCCCAACGGGUUGACACCGGGACCUGAAUCUGUUAGCCAAAGCCGCGGAACCCACUGUUUUCGGCGAUAUGGCGGAGCAAGGCUACACCUCUUGGGCUUACUCCCUUGUUGACUCCAGCCAGGUGUCCACCUUCCUGAUCUCCAUCCUUCUCAUCGUCUACGGCAGUUUCAGGUCAUUAAACAUGGAUUGUGAAAAUCAGGAGAAGGAUAAAGAUGGUAACCCUUCGACAACAGGGUCUUUUAAUAACAGCAACACAAACAACAGUAUUCAAACUAUAGACUCGACGCAGGCCCUGUUUUUGCCAAUAGGAGCCUCUGUGUCUCUGCUAGUCAUGUUCUUCUUCUUUGACUCGGUACAGGUGGUUUUCACUAUCUGCACUGCAGUUCUUGCUACAAUUGCAUUUGCAUUCCUGUUGUUGCCAAUGUGCCAGUAUCUGACCAGACCCUGCUCCCCGCAGAACAAGAUUUCAUUUGGCUGCUGUGGACGUUUCACUCUGGCUGAACUCCUGUCGUUCUCCCUGUCCGUCAUGUUGGUUCUCAUCUGGGUGCUGACUGGACACUGGCUCCUCAUGGACGCUUUAGCCAUGGGCUUAUGUGUGGCCAUGAUAGCUUUUGUCCGACUCCCCAGUCUGAAGGUUUCCUGCCUGCUGCUGUCAGGACUGCUCAUUUAUGAUGUCUUCUGGGUGUUUUUCUCAGCGUACAUCUUCAAUAGUAAUGUGAUGGUGAAAGUCGCCACCCAGCCUGCUGAAAAUCCCAUCGACGUUCUUUCCAGGAAGCUCCACUUGGGACCAGGAAUGGGUCGGGACGUCCCCCGACUCUCCUUACCUGGCAAACUGGUUUUUCCAAGUUCCACAGGAAGUCACUUCUCCAUGCUGGGAAUAGGAGACAUCGUGAUGCCGGGGCUGCUGUUAUGCUUCGUCCUGCGUUAUGAUAACUACAAGAAGCAAGCGACCGGGGAAGUCCCAGGACCGGGCAACAUGUCCGGACGCAUGCAGCGCGUAUCCUAUUUCCACUGCACCCUCAUCGGAUACUUUGUGGGUCUGCUGACUGCCACUGUGGCCUCUCGGAUUCAUCGUGCUGCUCAGCCUGCUCUGCUUUACUUGGUUCCCUUCACCCUGCUGCCUCUGCUCACUAUGGCCUACCUGAAGGGGGAUUUGCGGCGCAUGUGGUCCGAGCCUUUCCACGCCAAGACCAGCAGCUCUCGCUUCCUGGAGGUAUGAUGUAGCCACGGCGGAUGAAGAACCAGCGUGGGGAAGACUGCUGAUCUUUUCCCUUUUGUCCGGGGCGGGGUGGGGGGCAAGAGGAGGAAGGAGAGAGGGCGCACGCUCACAGUGAGGCCAUGUCGUCGUCACAUCUUCAUGCUUUCCACCAAUCUGUGAAACCCCCUCCGAAAGGACACUGUGUGGAUCACAACGCCCCGUCCCCCCACCACCACCACUACGACUCAUUUAUGGUCCUGACAUCCUGCCUGUUUCAUCUCCGCUUCCUUCUUUGCUGUUUAUUUCCUCUACAUUACAGCACAUCCUGUCUGUGCUGCUUUUGUUUUGCCUCCCUCCAACUUUUUCUCCCUUUUCCCCCCAUUUUUGUAGUUCGUCUCAUCGACUGCCUCCCGCUCACACGGAUUGUCUCAUCUGUCUGGCCUCUUCGUUCUGUUUUUUUUCCUCUCCUGAUUCUUUUCUGUGUAUCUUUGAUGAACUAAAGGACCAGGCCUCCUCCCCGCCGCACAUCUCCCUCCCUACUCCCUCCUUUUUUUUGUGAACUUACAGUUGUGAGACUUGGCUGGGGUUUCUAUGUAUUUUUUAGAAUUGUCGUGGUCAUUAUAAAUAAUGUUAUUAAAACGGACAAACUCAGAACAGAUGAGGAGGAGCCGAAGUGUCGCAGCGGCACGGAGCGGUGCCCGGGAGCAGCGACGCUGCUCAGGAGAACGAGACUCUUUUUUUCUCUCUCUCUCUCUCCUUCCAUCUCAAUCUUUGUCCCCCCAGUUUCCUUCCUGUGUUACAUCAUUCCUCCACGAUGACCGCCCCCCAACCCAUCUCCCUCCAGGUGCUCCUGCCCACCCUCCUCCUCCGAUCAUCUGCUGACCCUCCUCCCCCAGCCCCACAGAUAACUAUGUAUUUUAUUUAGAAAAGUUUUAUUCUUGGCAUAUAAAGAAAUGAUGCAUUAAAAAUUGUUAAGCUGCCUCCCCUCCUGCAUCCCGUCGGAGGGGUCGCUUUUAUUUGUAUAUAUGUGUACACAUGUAUUUGCGGUAUCUUUUGAGUUUGUGUUUGUGUUUUGGACGCAUGUUGAACAGGGUGGGAAACUGACGUCGGCCAGCAGCUGGAUUUUUACUACGUUUUGGUCGCAUCCGACGAGGAGCAGAAUCCGGUCUUCACACUUAAGCAGCUUGUGUAAUAGAAUCAUGGCAUACGUUUUCCUUUCCUUUUUUCAAAAAAUAAAAAACAACGGGUGCUGCUAGAUGGCAGUUUUCCACCCUCUUGUUGAAGCGUGUGUGUGUGUGUGUGUUUGUGUGUGUGAAUGAGCAGAACACAUAACAAACGGUUGUUUUACUCGGUUUUAAUUUGCAAUCAUGUUUAAAACAGUGACAAUAGUCAGGUUUGCGUUGAGCUGUGUGUCGGAUCAAAGGGUGUCAAAGUCAUGAAACACUUUGUCUUCUUGUAUAUAAAAAGAAAUUGUAGAAAACUCCAGAGGUCAUUUUUCUUUUUAGUUUUUUUUUUUUUUUCUGCAGAAGAACUUUGUUUUUACUGCAGCAGAAAUGUAAACAGUGUUUCCUCUUCUUUUUUUUCCUCUUCCAAAUAAAUGAAUGUUAAAUAAGUUUUCCAGUUUGCUACUUUUACUUUAAAGCUACAUCAUUCGCCAUUCUGUUAAAUUCUAAAUUUAAAUCCAUUCAUGUGAAAACAUUAAGAAGGCAACUCAGAUUUUCCAGGUAACCAAAUGUUCUCACCGUGUUUUUGUCAGCAGAUUUUAUAAAUGUCAGUCGAUGAAAACCUGACUGUUGUGAUUCUAAAGCUGAAGCUUGUUGAUGCAUCUGGUAGGAAGACGGAAUGUUGAAAACUCAGAUUAUGUAUUUAAAAAUGAAUAAAUCUAACCUGAGAUGUCUAUUUUAUACCAAACGUUAUUUUUUAUUUUUGUUAAUAGCCGAUGCAAACUGGAAACAUGAUGGUUGGAAAUGGGAAGAAACGUCAUUAACUCUGUUGCUGUUUUUUAUUUUUUAUAUAUUUUCUGGCCGUGCAUGAUGAGUGUACAGGUGUAUCAUUAUGCCCAGAUUGCAUUAACAGGGCUACUGCCGUUCUGAGCUCUGCAGGCCGACACCGAAGCACCGGACCUCAGCCUGCAGCUUCAUGGACUUCCUCUGACCUGAAGACUGGAUCCUGCUGAGUUUUGGAAUCUACAGACCCCCUUUCACCACUUCAUGGACGUGGCAAGAAAGCAUAUAGAUUUAUACGCAUAUGUGUGCGUGUGUGUGUGUGUAUACAUAUAUAAACAACAGAUGAUCAUGCUGAUAAAGUUUUUUAUAGAGUUUUUUUUAGCCUCUUUGUAUUUUUUUCUUUAAAAUGUAAGUUCUGUUUUUCUCCCCUUCAGCAAAGGACUUGAACUGUUUGAUAUUCUGAAUGAACUCUGUAUAGAAGAAAGGUGAAUACAAAAUAAAUAAAUUAAAAACUGUGUUAGUGAAA